AUGAGUUCAGAAUAAGAGUUAAAUAAAUUAAUAGCUUAGUUUUUAAAAGAGGAUUAAGAGUAAUUUUCAUCGGAAACUUUUGAUUCAACUAGAUUCUUAGUUUCCAUUUUGAUUGAUCCCACUAAAAAGUCCUAAUUGGAGGAGAUGUUUAAUAGAUUUAUUGAUAAAGAAAAUGAGUGUGAAAACCUAAUAACACAAAUCAUCAAUUUAAAACAUGAGCAAUUUAAUAAAUUGAUGAGCAAACCAGAUUAUUAUGGAGAAUAAUACGAAAAAGUGCGUUCAGUUACAAGUUAAUCAAGGAGAAUGAUUCUAAAAUCAAAAGAAUACCUUGAAAAGAAGAAAAUAGAUAUGAAUACUUAUUAUAUGAACUAAAUAUAUGUUAAAAAAGUUAAUGAAGCUCUAGAAAUGGUAGAAUCUUACUAGCAUCUAAUUGUGAUGAUAGAUAACUUUAUUAAAGCUGAUUCAUUUUAUGAAGCAUGCACUCAUUUCCAAGAAGCAAGAAAUAUACUAUAUUCCUUUGAUGAUUAGUAAAGAUAGACUGUUUUGAUCAAAUAAAUGAAAGAGUAAGACAAACAAAAAGAUGAAGAAAUCUAUAAAAUACUUAAGAGACAAUUAUCUUUUUAUUCUUUCUAUUACAAUGAACCUCUACUCAUAAACGAUCAUGACGACGAUGUGAAAGCUAAACAAAGUUUUGCACUUGAAAGACUCUCAAUCGUUUAAUUGGAUAUAACGACAACAUUUUAAAAUUCAAAGGAAUUCGAAGUAUUUCUAAAAGAUAAUUUCAACAUAGAUUUAUCAAAAUAUAAAUCAUUCCAGAAUAAGAUGAACUAAAUUAUUGAAAUUCUAGAUGAAAAAAUUUACGAUUUAGAUAAUGACUACGAACAGUUUUUCGGUUAGCUUAAUCAUGAGAAUCUUAUGAAUUAUUUACGCGAUUUCUGCAUGAAGUUUGACGAUUUUGAUAGAAUGGCUUAAGUUUGGGAUGAAAUAGGAGAGGAUUUAGAUCUUCUUGUGCCUAGUUGUCAGAAGAGUGAUUUAAUUAAUUUAAUGAUGCUACUGCAUUCUUCUAAAAUUGUUUAAAAGACUUAAAUUCUCUUAGAAGAAUACUAUACUCAUCUAACUGAAGACAUCAACACUUGUUUUUGGUUGCUGAAAUUAUUUUUUUUAUCAAAAUAAAUUGAUUUAAAGAAAGCUCACUUCAAGUUUACAAGCACAGGCAUUGAAUACUUUUAGAAGUGCAAUUUUAUAGAUCCCUUUAACAUAGAAACAUUCCACUAGUUUACUAAAUUAAUCAUUUGUUUUAGUGCUAUUAUUAUCAGAAAGUAAAUUCUCUUAAGGAAGGCAAUCCGUAAACUAGAUCUAGAGACUGAAUCUAACGUUAGAUCUGUCUCUCAUAUAUUGGUUGUACUUAUUUCGUAAAUUGAAAUGUGCUUACAUACAUUCUUAAUUAGACCAUUUGAUUAGCAAACAAAUGAAUAUAACAAUGAAAGCACACACCUAAAUCUCCUAGUCCAAGAAUAAAUUAAAGAUGCAGUGAAUCCAAGCAUGAUCAACUUGCCUUUUUUAAUUGGAAUGAUAAGAGAUUCCUUUAAUGUUAUUAUUGAAAAAUUGGUAGAGGUUAUCUCAAAAGAUUAAAUGUAAGAUGAGGAAGAAACACAAGAUUUCGAAAUUAAUUAGAAAAGUGUUAUAGAAAGCUGGCUGUAAGCUGAUUUGAAAAAAUUCUAUCAAUUUUCAUUUUAAUUUUAUAAAGAUUCUAUUUGUUAAAUAUUUGGUUACGACGAUAAAAAUAAGAAUGGCAAAGUAAAUCCUGAAUACUUAAUUAUGGAAACAGCCUAGAUUUAUAACUAGCAAAACGAGUAAGUCUAAAGAAGUUCGAAAUAAUAUGAUGUGGUAAUUUAGAAGAUGCUUGUGAAGCAUGAGCAAUCUUUAAUAUCACUUUACACUUCUUCUAAAUUUUUGUUCCCCUAAAUUCCAAUCUGUCUUAAAAAUAUUAAACAAUGGUAUUCUUUAUACAAGAUAUCUCCUACGAAAUUAGAAUUCAGUGAAGCUAUUAAUGUGAUCAACUACUAGCUUCAUAUAGUGAUAUAAUAAUCGAACUCAAAAUUAAGUCAACUCUUCUCUGGGACAUAUGUAGACACAUUCCUAAAAACCCAUUAAAAGCUAAUAUUCUCGAAUCCAGGGUACAUAAAAUGGAUGACAAUAAAAUUCUAAAAAUUGAAAUUAACUCCUAGCAAUUUCGGAGAAGUUAUUUCUAUGAGAGAUUAUGAAGUUAUGCUAAAAUAGAUGUAUUUAAAAUACUUCCUCAAAGAUGAUGUCCAAAUAGAUGAAGAUUUUUUAUUCAACAAAUAAUUCAGUGUGAGCUAUGUAGCAACUCUUCUUGUUACUCUGGAAUUAUAUAUUAAUUAAAUUAACAAGUUCUUUGAAGAUUUUUUAGAAAGAGAAUAUCUAGAAAAAUUGAAAGACCAGAUGUAAUAUUAGUCUUAAGAAAGUUAGAUUUAGUAGGCAGGUGGGAGCUAGAUGCAAGGAGCCUUAUAAUUCUAGCAAUUAAUGCAGAAAAUAAAAUUCUUUUAAGAGUAUGAUAAAUAGAAUAUUAAUGUUGAUUCAUAUGCUGACUUGGAUAUUUUUUAGACUCCUAUAAAUUAAGAGCUAUUAGCUGUUUCUAUUCCUAGAUUAAUAAAAUAUUUUAAAUAGCUACUUUAAAUAGCAUCUAAAUGCUAUUUUGCAAUUAAAUUAGAGUUGCAUUUAAAGUUUUUUGCAUAUAUUUUCAAAACUUAAAAAAAUAUGAAUGCAAUUUAGAGAGCAAAAGAAUUUUCUGCAAAUAAUAUGUAAGAUUACUAUUAAGAGUUGUAUCGUUAUUACUCAACCAUCUCAUAAAUACUACCUCCUGAAACACUUGAUUUAUUGUUUGACGAUUACGUAUACAUGCUCAAGAAAAGUUUAAAGUAUAAUUACAUAUCGGAUAAGCAGUUUAAAUUCUAAAACACAAAAACCUUAAUAAAGGAUAUUAAAAUAUUGGAAAAUGAGCUACUUAAAAUACCUUAAAUAUAGAAGAACAACAAGAAUUUAAUUGAUUCUAUUUUAAAGUUGAAGCAAUUCCUUAGUUUAAACAUGGUUGAAGAAAAUGAUUUGCUAGAAUACUUAAAAUAAAACACAUAUAAAUAUUAGUUUAAGCAUAUUUAAAAGUAUUUUAGUAUGAGACCAUCUAACGACAAAGAUGUUAUAUAGAAAAGAUAGGCUCUUUUUGAAGAAGCUAAGAAGUACUUACUUCAAAAAUAAGGAGAUUAAACCCCAACCGAGAAGAGCUAACUUAAUUAAUAGUUAUAAAAGAAUUGA